CUCUCUUUUACGCGCCCCGUUGUGGUCGCUGUGUGUGCUAUGCGUGCCUGGCUGCCGGUGCCGUAUGCGUGUGUGGAUGAGGGUGCCUGCCUGAGUGAGAGAGGGAGCGAGUGAGCCGUGUGCUGCUGUGGCUUGUCCUAUGCGGAUUUCACCAGUGACUGCCUGUCCGAGCGGCGCGCAUCAUCCAGGGUAGGCCGGGAUUUAAACGCUGCCGUUACUCUUCAAGGAUUCCCUAAAAUAGUUAAUGUCCGGUUCUUUCGGCGCGUUUAUCGGUGAGAGGUGGAAUAAUUGUGGUCGUCCUGCUUAGCCGAUCCCAGCGGAGAUAGGAUUUUAUCGACGCUGACUUGGAGAGGAGAGGCGAUGAUGCUCGAGAGAUGAGCAAUGGGCAAGGGGCCUCCGAUAACUCCUGACAGAGAAGAGGAGCCUUCAUUACCAUAGCUACCUCUCCUCUCCUCCUUCAAUUCAUGUUCCCCUUUUCACCUCCUCUCUUCACCUGUUGAGGGUUUGCUCUUCACUUUCUAUCUCAUCCACCUCCUCCACCACCACCUGUCACCAUGACAACCUCAGCCCUGCGCCGGCAGGUGAAGAAUAUUGUGCACAACUACUCGGAAGCAGAGAUCAAGGUUCGCGAGGCCACCUCGAACGAUCCAUGGGGCCCGUCCUCGUCUCUCAUGUCAGAAAUCGCUGACUUGACCUUCAAUGUGGUAGCGUUUGCCGAGGUCAUGGGCAUGGUGUGGAAACGCCUCAACGACAGCGGCAAGAACUGGAGGCAUGUCUACAAGGCCCUGACUCUGUUGGAUUACCUCCUGAAGACAGGAUCAGAGAGAGUGGCCCAACAGUGCCGUGAGAACGCUUUCACUAUUCAGACGCUUCGUGACUUCCAAUACGUGGACCGUGACGGCAGAGACCAAGGGGCCAACGUGAGAGAAAAAGCACGCCAACUGGUGUGUCUCCUCCGGGACGAGGAGCGGCUCCGCCAGGAGAGGAGUCAAGCCCUGAAGACGAAGGAGCGAAUGGCCGGGGGAGGAAGCGGAGGGGGCGGAGGGGGCGGAGGGGGCGGCGGGGGCGGAGGGGGCGGAGGGGGUGGAGGGGCUGGUGGUGUGUAUGGAGGUAUACCCCCAUCCUACCACCCAGGCAGGCGAACAAGCCAGCCCAGCAUGGCCGUGCUGUAUGGGGAGGAGUUCAGCCGCUCCAGAGGCUCUCCGUCCUCCUUUAACUCCUCGUCCUCAUCUCCUCGCGCUGCCUCAGACCUGGAGCAGGCUCGACCUCAGACCAGCGGGGAGGAGGAGCUGCAGCUCCAGCUGGCGUUAGCCAUGAGCAGGGAGGAGAGUCAGAAGGAGCAGCGCUGUCGCCAAGGAGACGAGUCACUGUUACAGAAGGCCCUGGAUGAGAGCAGGAGAGAGAGCCAGUCAGGGACACAGGAGUCAGCUAUGCUGGAUCUAGUGGACAUAUUUGGUCCGUCCUCUGAGGUCCCACCUCCCCCCAGUGACCCCUGGAGCUCUGCUCAGCCCACCAGUGACAUCACCUCUGACCCCUGGGACUCUGUAGCAGUCCACUCCAGCACUCCUGUGACUGGUAGUCCUUGGGCGGCCCCUCCCUCGUCCUCCCAGAUGUCCAAUCCCUGGGCUCCAUGUGACAACUCACACACAGACCCCUGGGAAGCAGCACCCAUCUCCUCCAGUCCUGUCAAUCAUGCGUGGGACAAGCAAUCUGAUGGAGACGGUGAUGGGAUGGAUCCAUUCGCUGAACAGGAAGAGGAGAAGCCUAAACAGGAGAUUCCUCAAGUGUCCUCCCCUCAGCCUGCCAGUCCUACAGAUGAAGAGCUGUUUGGGGUGAGGGCAGAGUCUGACCCGUUCUCUGGAGCCGAUUCCAAGACAGAUCCGUUUGGGUCUGAACCUCCGGUGAAACCCCAGGUAAAUGGACGAGAGUCGGCCAGCCCGGAGAUGUUUGACCUGUCUCGGCUAGCACCCCCACUCAGCGCCCCACCUACACGCAUGUGUCGGACCCCAGAGGCCUUCCUCGGACCUACAGGGGCGUCGCUGGUCAAUCUUGAUGCCCUGAUACCUCCCAACCCUCCUAGCAAGAUGCACAACAACCCCUUCCUCUCAGGUCUGAGCGCUCCAUCUCCUACCAACCCCUUCCACUGUGACCAGCCUCGCCUUACCCUCAACCAAAUGCGACCAUCCUCCACCUCCCCACUGCCCCCCCACGUGCUCUCCUACAGCCCAUCGCUGCCGCUCCCUCUGCCCCACCAACCGCCCAUCCUCCCCUCCUCUCUGACACAACCUCCCGCCGGACUCCUGGACCUUCCCUCCAACCUCCCCCAGCCCCUGCUCCCUCUCUCUCCCCGGCCUGUGCCCCGUACCCAAUCACAGACACACAGCCACAACCCCUUCCUCUGAGACUCCUUUGUCCAUUUCCUCUCCCUCACGCUCUGUUCUGCAGAGGGAGUCGUCAGACAUUGGACUCUUUUGGAUUAAUCUAUGCCAACUCUGGACUACAAUGAGAUGAGUCUAAAUGAGCCUGAACUGGACAGCAGAUCCUGGUCUGAUGUCAUUGUGCACACUUGACGUGGAUAAAUCUUGGACUGGAUGUAUUUGUGUCCGUCUAAAGACACAUCAGCUGCUAUAUAACCUGAACCCUUGAAGAAAAGCUAACUCACGCACACACACACACACACACACACACACACCCAAACAUGCACUCAGGUGCACUAAGAGGUGCAUAGACACAUAUAAACACAAACAUGCACCCAUGGUCACAUCAUGCACAGACACAUGUCACCAAACUAACAGGGUGUAUCUCAGCAGUCCCUUCAAUGCCUUUUCCCCAGCAACAGUGAGCACUCUGAACACCCUCUGACCACAGAGACACAACCGUUCCUUUAGAUGAUCUAGAGGAAGCCACAUACUUUGAUUGUCCACCAGGAUUCUUAUCGCUGCUGCUUCACCGACGAAAGCAUGAAUGCAUCCCACCCCCGAGACCCCAAACGUAUUCUGCUGAGCACCUGAGAUGACUUCUUCAAAUAAGUCUUCUUUUUCUCCCAGAUGAGUCAAAUAGUAUCUUGAGCUUUGAUGGCACAAUUGAAUCAGCGGAGGAGUUAACAGUUUGUCAGUGUAAGAUUCAAGAAAGCACUCAGCACUGUUCAAGAACUAAUUGACUCAGGUAUUCCUUCCCACAUAUACAUGAUGAUAUCUAUUUUGCAUCGCCUUCUUACCUUGCGAGCUCAAAAGCAUCUGGUCCUAAGCCCCACCAGGAUCCGGAUGGAUUCAAAACUGGACUAAACCAGCCUAAGCUAGACCUUACUGUCUCAAUCUGGACCUAAACUGAUCACUGAUUGUAUCCAAUCGGACCCGCGUGCCUGUCUCAACAGCUGACUCACAAUGCAUUCCCGGCUGUUUCACGUUGGCGCCGUUGAGGAGGACCUCAGGGAGACCGCUCUGUCCCUCCUCCAUUGAGAUUCAAUCUUAGUGAAUAGAAAGGGGUUCGUCUGCAGAAAGCAAGGAGAUCCAUGACUUUAUUUCAGAUGUGGGGCAUAAAAAUGAGGGAUGAAGAGAACAGAUGAAGGAGGAGGGAGGAUGAAAGUAAAGGAAAGAUUAAUAUAAACAAAGUGAAAUGAUUACAGAUGAUAAACUAAUAUAGUAAGAAUUAGCUCCUCUCCUCUGCUCCACGUUCACUUCUGUGUUAGGAACAAGAGAAUCUGUGAUACAAUGAGAUGUUUGGUCAUCACUGCACUGAACCUGGACUUGAAUGUGAAAUGCCUGCCUAUAGAUACACACAGGCUUAGUACAUAUGUAUUUAAUAGAAUGAUAUCUAUACAGUAUUAUGAAAUAUUAU